AUGUCACCUCCCUCAGGCCCUGCCUCUAACGUUCCCAUGUCUGCUCAUGCUCGUCCUGGCAACCCUAUCCUCUCUGCCCCGUCUCGUCCGCGCGGUGGUGGUAGAGGUGGCUUCGGCGGCGGCCCUCCGCGGGACUUCCAGCCCUAUGACAACACCGGCGGCGCCCCGCCCUUGGGACCUCGUCGUGGUUCGGCUAAUUGGGGCCCUCGCGGUGGUGGUGUGUACGGCGGUCCUCCUUCCGGGCCUCGCGGUGGGGCCCCGCCCUUCCGCGGUUCAGCUAAUAGUACGUCUACCACUUACCCACGCACACAACGCUUCAACAAUCCCACGCCGCCUACUGGCCCCGCUGCUGCUGCCGUGGCUCCGACUAUUGGCGGCCCCGCCAUCCCUACCGGCCCUGCUGGCACGGCGAGCCUGAAUACGAGCAAUAGCGCCGUCGCGGCACACCUGUCGGACUUGCCGACUAUCGUGCCUGGAGGCAUCCGCCAGAAAGACCUUUUCGACAACAGCCGUCUGCUGAAGCUGGAAGACGAGGCGCGCAAGCUGCGCGAACAGAUCGCGGAGAAAGAGGCUCUGGGACGCAGGGGCAAGAGGGAAUGGGAGCGACUGGAGAGGGAGGCAGAGACAUUCAGCCUGAGGGGUGAUCUGGCCGAUGAGCACCUCAGAAGCCUGAAUGGAGAGGGAGAGCUAGGUGGUGCUGCGUUCUAG